GGAGGAGAGGUGGUAUUGUGUAAGAUCUUGUAUUUGUUUGUGUGUGUGUGUGUGUAGACUGAGAGAUGGGCUAGGACAAUACGUAGUUCCAGUGUAAUUCAUUCAUCAUUGUAGUGUGUGUGUGUGUGUGUGAGAGAGAGAGAGUAGUGGGUGUGUAUGAGUGCGUUUGUGUGUCAGACGGUAUUCCUGCUCGUCUCGCUCCACCAGUUAAGUUAAAUCAGAGGCAGCCAGUGGCACACUGCGGUGGUCUCUCUCUAUCUCUCUGUCUCUCUGUCUGUCCCACUCUGAAAGCAUCAACAGCCUCCUGGUUCAGCUGCACAGGACUCGCUGAGGCCCUCGCCCAAGGCCUGUAUCAGUCACCACAGACGCACCCUGCCGACAGGGCCCCCUGUUUAAAAGUCCCAGGAUCUGACACUAAAACGGGAAAAUGCAGAAUAAAACGGCAGGAGCGACAAAAGAGAUAGAUCUGACAUGCGGCAUGUCUGGAACCCAUGAAUUCAUCUUCACCCUGGUGCCCAUCGUCUACGGCUGCAUCUUUGUCAUCGGCAUGAUCGGGAACAGCAUGGUGGUGGCCGUCAUCUUCUGCUACAUGAAGCUCAAGACGGUGGCCAACAUAUUUGUGCUCAAUCUUGCUAUUUCUGACCUCACCUUCCUCAUCACUCUGCCCAUGUGGGCCACCUUCACCGCCACAGGCUAUCACUGGCCCUUUGGAGGAUUCCUGUGCAAAGCCAGCGCGGGGCUGGCGAUGUUCAACCUCUACACCAGCAUCUUCUUCCUCACGGCGCUCAGCAUCGACCGGUAUCUCGCCAUCGUCCACCCGAUGCGAUCACGCAGGUUACGCACUGUGAUGUACGCACGUAUCACCUGCGUAGUGAUCUGGCUUUUUGCCUUUGUGCUGAGUUUGCCCACAGCGCUGAUCAGGGAUGUCCACAACAUCACAAACUACACGACUAACGUGUGUAGCAUCCUGCAUCUGAAAGAUGAGAUAGCCAUGAUGAAAGAGCUCCAGCUGGCCAUGAGUCUGAUAAAAAGCCUGCUGGGCUUCCUGGUGCCCUUCAUCAUCAUCAUCACCUGCUACUGCCUCAUCGGACGGGCGCUGGUGGGGGCGAGGCACAUCCAGAAAAGCUCCCGUUCGCGGGACGACGAGGUGCUGCGCAUGCUCGCAGCAGCUGUCCUGGCCUUCUUCCUGUGCUGGGUGCCCCAUCAGGUGUUCCACUUGAUGCAGAUGCUCACCCAGCUGACAAAGGUGCAGAACUGUACCAUCCUGGAUAUCAUUGACACUGCCAUGCCUUUCACCAUCUGCAUCGCCUACUUCAGCAGCUGCGUUAACCCCAUUGUGUACGGGUUUGUCGGGCACAACUUUCGCAAGAACUUGCUGCUUCUGUUGCGCUGCUCGCCAAGUGGAGUCACAAGGCCUCACUCGAGCAUCAGCUCCAAGAUGAGCGCCCUCUCUUUACGUGCCACCGAGGCGCUGAGCCUCACAGCCAAAAGCAAGGCCUCCUCUGACGUUAAGUGAAAAAAAAAA